AUGUCGGCAUCAACCGUGUGUGUCACCGCUAGCCCGACGGCGGCGAUUAGGCGGACGCCGGUUCUCUCCACUGAGAAGAAAUCCAAUUUUGAUUUCCCGCCGAGCGAAUCACAUGCGAAUGCGGCCGCCAUCGCAGAGUCCGCCGCUGGUACGAGCCGGGAUCUGAUUCGCUCCGAGGCUGCCGCUGAGAGAUCCAACGGCUACAACGUGGGUCCGGUGACGAGGAAAUCUGGAUCCGCCGCGACGGGGACUAAUACGACCACCACGCAGCGUCGAACGCGGAAGGUCCCGGUGACCAAGACGCAGAGGACGCAGUGGAAGAGAGUGGUUAGGGUAUUCGCGAAGCAGUUUGGGGCUCUUUUGUUACUCGUUGGGCUAAUUCAAUUGAUUAGGAAAGUGGCUCUGAAGGACACGCCUCUAUCUUCCUCGACGUUUCCGAUUGAGACGGAGAUGGUGCUUUCGGAAUUGGAGAGCCGGAUUUCGGCAGUCGAUGGUCUAGUGAAGACCACGACGAAGAUGAUGCAGGUCCAAGUCGAGUUUCUUGAUAAGAAGAUGGAAAGCGAAACAAGAGCAAUUAGGCAGAAAAUCGAUUCCACGUCUUCUGCGUUGCAGACUGAAUUGAAGAAGAUAGAGUCUAGAACAGAGACGCUACAGGCUUCCGUAGACGAAGUCAAUGCUAAACCUUUGGUGUCUAGAGAGGAAUUAGAGAGGGUUUACGAGGAAUUGAAGAAGGGUAAGGUCCAUGAUUCUUCUGUUGGCGAUGUCGACAUUGAUGAACUGAGAGCAUAUGCUCGUGACAUAGUGGAGAAAGAGAUUGGGAAGCAUGCUGCUGAUGGCCUUGGCCGAGUAGACUAUGCAUUAGCGUCAGGUGGUGCUUUUGUGAUGGAUCAUUCGGAUCCUUAUCUUGUUGGAAAUGGUGGUAAUUGGUUUGGGACUAGCAGGCGACGGGUUCAUAGCAAAGCGGCUAAGAUGUUAACUCCGAGUUUCGGGGAGCCUGGACAGUGUUUCCCUCUGAAAGGAAGCAGUGGCUAUGUUCAAGUCAGGCUAAGAACACCAAUCAUACCAGAGGCUGUUACCUUGGAACAUGUCUCUAAGGCUGUAGCGUAUGACAGAUCGAGCGCCCCAAAGGAUUGCCGUGUAUCAGGAUGGCUAGAAGACAGAGAUAUGGAGAGUGAGACGAUGCUCCUUCUUACAGAGUUCAGUUACGACUUAGACAGGUCCAACGCACAGACAUUUGAGAUUGCAGAUUCAGCUCACUCGGGAUUUGUCAACACUGUAAGGCUAGACUUCACAUCCAACCAUGGAAGCUCUUCACACACUUGCAUCUACCGGUUCAGGGUUCAUGGCCGUGAACUAGACUCGGUCUCUGUUGAUCAUGCUUGA